AUGGAUCUACCUUACUACCACGGCUGCCUGACCAAGCAAGAGUGUGAAGCCCUGCUCCUCAAGGGAGGGGUGGAUGGCAACUUUCUGAUAAGAGACAGCGAGUCUGUGCCAGGAGCCCUGUGCCUCUGUGUCUCGUUUAAAAAGCUCGUCUACAGCUACCGAAUCUUCAGAGAGAAACACGGAUAUUACAGGAUAGAGACAAUGGCUCAUACUCCAAGAAUGAUCUUUCCAAACCUACAGGAAUUAGUCUCCAAAUAUGAAAAACCGGAUCAAGGAUUGGUGGUUCACCUUUCAAACCCAAUAAUGAGAAACGACCUAUGCCAAAGAGGGAGAAGAUUGGAGGUAGAGCUGAAUGUUUAUGAGAACACUGAUGAGGAAUAUGUGGAUGUGUUGCCUUGA